GCGGUGGGGCAGGAGAGCGGGAGAGCGGCGGGUUGGUCGCGGGGUAACAGUCAGAGUUUGCGCAGCCCUGCUGUGUUGUUCGCAUGUGGAAGUGUUUAACGCUGAUAAACGGAUUAUUUCUGGGUUUAUUCCGGACCGGCUGAAAGAACCGAGACCCUGAAGGCGAGAGUCGUGAGGACGUACAGCCGUGAGUGAUGAAGAUCCCUCCAGCCUGUGUGCUCUGAAUCAUAACAGAAACACACACACACACACAGAGAAUCAUGUCGGAGAAGGAGGGUCGCUGUGAUCUGGCCCUCACCCCAGGGCAGGUCUACGUGGAGGUGGAGUACGACUACGAGUACAAGGCCAAAGACAGACUCAUCUCCAUACAUCAGGGCGAAUGCUACAUACUGGUCAGGAAAACCAACGAGGACUGGUGGCAGGUGCGCCGAGAGGAGGGCACCAAAGCCUUCUACGUACCCGCCCAGUACGUCCGUGAGGUGCGGCGAGCGCUCAUGCCUCCCCCCAAACCUCGCGCCAAGCCCCCCAGCAUCCUCCACAUCUCCCAGUGUCCUUCAAUCAACGAGAACCCUCAGCAGCACCGAGCUCCCCCAGAUAUGAUCAGCUUCGGCCGCCCGCCCCCGUCCACCACGCCUUCCCCCUUACCGGGGCAGCAGACCCCACCCCUACUGCUGCGGGACACCAAUCAGAACGCGGGCAUGAGGGACGUGCUCGCCGAGCUGACUCUCCUUAACAACAACAACCAUCAUGACCAUCACCAUGGCAACUCGCUGCUCUCGCGCAUCAGGCCGGAGUCGCCACCCAAGGAGCCGGGUUGCCGGGGGAAACCCCCGGGAGGGUUGCCGUUGGAUACGGACGGAUCCUCCCCGGGAGAGGGAUCGGAAAAACUGCGGAACGAUUCGGAAUCGGGAGACGAGCUGAGCAGCAGCUCCACGGAACACAUGCAGACGGUGUCCCCAACUGGACCGGGCCGGUCGGACUCCCCAGUCUACACUAACCUGCAGGAGCUGAAGAUCUCCCAGUCCUCUCUGCCCCCCAUCCCCUCCUCCUCCCCCCUGCAUGUACUGGGUGACUGGGAGACCCACAAAGACCUGAGCGGGAGGCAUUUCUACUACAACCGCACCACCCAGGAGAGGACCUGGAAACCACCCCGCUCACGAGACACCAACGGGGGGAGCCGCACUGACACGGCCAGUACCGGAGACAUGGAGAUGCUGUCUUCUGAAGAGAACUGCCCGAGCACUCACUCCAGCCAGUCAGAUAGUCAGUAUGGGUCGCCACCCAGAGGCUGGUCUGAAGAGCUUGACGAGCAUGGCCACACACUGUAUGUUUGUGAAUACAAUAAUGAGAAGUGGAUAAAGCAUGUGGAUGAGCAGGGCAGGCCGUACUACUACAGUGCUGAUGGGUCUCGGUCUGAGUGGGAGCUCCCCAAGUACAAUCUCUCCCCUCCAAACGCUGGAGAAGCUCCUAAAAGUCGCAGUUUGGAACGGAAGCAGCCAGACCCCAUCGUUUUAACCAAGUGGAGAUACAGCACCUAUGUACUAGACCUUACUGACAAGCUGUCAGUCAAAAGUAGGCGGUUCAGCUCGGAACGCCUCUCCAGGGCUUUUGGCCUAUCAUUGUACACACAUCAAGAGACUGGGACCAACAAACACAUCUCCCCCGACUCCGACUCCUGUCCCUCCUCACCUAAACACCCCUCUACACCCUCAGAAAAGUGUGGAGUCCUCAAUGUCACCAAAAUCACAGAGAAUGGAAAGAAAGUCAGGAAGAGCUGGACGUCAUCCUGGACAGUUCUUCAGGGGUCCACGCUGCUCUUUGCUAAGGGUCAGACCAGCAGCAGCAGCUGGUCGUACUACCGCAAUGGCUCAUUCCCUGAGCUCCUCCUCUCGUUGCUAAGCAACUGGAAGCGUUCAGUUAAGCCCCGCCCUGCGGUCUCCUAUAAGCACUUUGGGCGUGGCCAGCCUUGCUCUUUUGGAGGAAACCAGUCGAAACCGGAAUUCACGGUGGAUCUUCGUGGAGGUUCAGUGGAGUGGGCAUCGAAGGACAAGUCCAGCAAGAAACAUGUGAUCGAGCUAAAGACGCGUCAGGGCACAGAGCUGCUGAUCCAGUCUGAGAUAGACAGCGUCAUCACUGACUGGUACAAGGCGCUCACUGAGGCCAUCAAUACACACGCAUGGGAGUCAGAUGAAGCUAUUGAAGAAGACAUGCCUGAGUCUCCUGGAACUGAGAAACAAGACAAAGAGAAGGACCAUCGAGACUUUAAGAAGAACAAAGCAAUUAAGAGUUCUGGCAGUAUAGAGUCUUCAGAUCAGAAGAAGACCAGAGUAAAGCUUAAGAAAUUCCUCACGCGAAGACCCACCCUGCAGGCUGUCCGAGACAAGGGCUAUAUUAAAGAUCAGGUGUUUGGGUGCAGUUUGACUAGUCUCUGUGCCCGGGAGAACACCUGCGUUCCUAAUUUUGUGAAGAUGUGCAUUGAGCAUGUGGAGAACACAGGUUUAAAUAUAGACGGACUGUACAGAGUCAGUGGCAAUCUGGCAGUCAUUCAGAAGCUGCGCUUUGCUGUGAAUCAUGAUGAGCAGGUGGAUCUAGAUGACAGCAAAUGGGAGGAUAUCCAUGUGACCACUGGCGCUCUGAAGAUGUUCUUCCGGGAGCUUCCUGAACCCCUCUUCACCUAUGCCUCCUUUAAUGACUUUGUUAAUGCUAUAAAGCACUCAGACUACAAGCAGCGGCUCCAGGGAAUAAAAGACUUAAUCAAACAGUUGCCAAAACCAAAUCAGGAGACAAUGCAGGUUCUGUUCAAACACCUGAAAAGAGUGAUAGAUCACGGAGAAGCCAACAGGAUGACCACUCAAAGCGUGGCCAUCGUGUUUGGCCCAACGCUCCUGAGGCCUGAGACAGAGACGGGCAACAUGGCUGUCCACAUGGUCUACCAGAACCAGAUCGUAGAACUGAUCUUGCUGGAAUAUGAGAACAUAUUCGGCAGGUAGAGCGUCGGUGGUGUGUUCUACAUCUCUCAUGCUCACCUGCUAAUAAAAAGGUCCAGAGAACACCAUGCCAAAACACGACCGCCGCAGAAUCCACCAUGUUAAAGCAGGCUUCAGGCAGGCUUCAUUCGCUGUGGACCAAGCUUAGUAGAGAAACAAAUACUAAGAGAAGACGAGUGACUGAGUUACGGACGCUUGUGAUGGUGGCUGAAAAUAUUUCAAGUUUAUAGAAAGGUACUUUAUGCACUUCAUGCUUUUUUGGGCUUUUGAUGAUGUACAGAUUUUUUUUUUUGGUUACCAUUCCUGUGAAGGGGCUGCUUCUGCUCUUGGCUGAGAAUAAGCUGGAUAGUAUUGUGAACAGUUUAAAAUUCUCCAUUUGUGCUCUUGCUGAGGCUUGGAAAACUCACUCAUUGGACAUUUUGGACAAUAUGCUACUUUCUGGACCAGUAUGGCUGGCUUGAAGGAGACUGCUAUAUGGGCUAAGGAUUCUGGUAUAUGAAGUUUACCUUUGAAGUGUAUAUGUAUGGUGAAUACUGAAGAAUACUGAAACAAAAAGCUUCUGAAACUGGACUGGCAAUUAAUUGCAGCACAGAAUCCCACUAAUCUGCACUUGGUUUUUGUUUUGGACAUUUUAUUAUUUUUUUUGCUGUUGAAUUACAAUGGAAAUGGACUGUUCUGGACGGCAGUAUUAUUUCUCAGUGACUACUGUUCUGUGGAAAAGCAGUCAUUUACGAGGCUGAUCUGAAGAGGUAUGACUAAUGGCUUACUGUCAGUAUUAGAACUGGACUCUUUCAGGAAUUGAGAGGAUUGGGGUGACUUACUCUGAUGUGCUUUUUCAACUUUUUUGCUUCUAGCAUCUGCCCUUUUGACUGCAGGCUAACUACCAUUCUUUGAAAGAACUGGAAAGAAAUGUCCAUUUCUCUCCAAGAGUGGAUAUUACUGGAUUACUGGAUUUUUCAUCUCCUUUUGGCAACAUCUCACACCCAAUAGGAUCUCAGAACGGCUCGCUCUGAGCUUUUGAGGAACUCUCCACUGUAACUGGACUGAGACCGUAUUAAUGGCUUGUGUGCAAUCAGGCUUGUGGUCACGUCUGUGUUGAUUAUUUGAGGAUCAAAUGAAGCGUUUAUGUAUUGUGGAACAGUUGGCAACGUCACUUCGUUGCGUGUCUUCCAGUGGUUGUACCAGUUUAUACCAAUGUGCUGUUUCAAUGUUACCUACGCCUACUGCCCAGUAGGACCAGAAAAAAAUACCAAAUGUGACCAUGACCAGUGGCCAUGAAUUAUUUAGGAAUAUGUUAAAAGAUGAACUCCUUCCUCUCUCUGUCUUUGCCCCGCCCACAUUGUUGCUGUACUUUUUUCCUUUUAUAUCCUUUAUUCCCUUUUCCCUGCUUACUCCAUCUAUCCAUCUCUUACCCUCUCUAGCAUUACUGGAACCUGAAAACAGAGACGUUCAAGUUUGCAUCCAGUCCUGCCGCUACUGUUUCAAAUCAAUAGUGAUAGCGAUACUCCCCUUUCUUCCCUUCUUUCCUCUUCUUCUUCUUCCCUGUUCUUCUAUCUAUCCUUCUUACCCUAGUCUCCACAUCAAUAUAUCAACUGAGGGUACUGGAAAUAUGAGUGGCAUGGGGGUGUUCAGGCUGUACACGAAGUAAAAAUCCAUUUUGAUACCAGAUUUUGAAAGCAUGUGUACAGAUUCCCUUACAAACUUCAAAAGACUUAAUGAACCAAUUGUUAAAAAAAAAGCAGAUAAACAAUAAAGUGAGAAGAGAUUGCUCUAAUAUUAUAAACGUUAAGAAUAAUAAAUAUUAGAUAUUAAUUGCUUCAGAAGUUAAGAAGGGUUGGCAUUGCAAUGCAUUGUGAACAGCACAUUUUGAAUGUAAUUCUGAGACUAACUACUGUUUCUGACAUGGACGUGUCUAAUUCUGAUUAAAAAGAAUUCAAAUUA